AUGAAGUGCUUCAAUAUAAUUAUACUUCUGCUCAGCGUCUACUGCCAACUUAGUUCCUCAGUACCCGCCUUGCCCGUCCCAACUGGCCGCUACUGCACCACGGCCUAUUGCCGUCAACGCAACCUGGCCUGCAACAACAAAGGCAACAUAACGUCGGGCUGCUAUUCGGGCGCUAAAUUUGUACUCAUGGGAAAGUACAGACAAACCAUUUCCAAGGCCUUCAAUACUUUUCGGAACAAGGUCGCUUCAGGGGACGACUACAAAAAUCUUCAGUCAGCUGCCCGCAUGGCCACAAUGGUCUGGUCCGAAGAACUGGAACACUUUGCCAAGCUGGACGUGGCCCGCUGUCAUCUGUCCCCGAAGAUGUGCAUGAGUUCCCCGAAUUUCUACUACAUUGGCGUCAUCAGCGAACAGUUCAGUUAUGGCGGCUAUGCCGUUGACAGAUCGAACUUUGUCAUCAUCAAGUCAUUGAUCGAGAGCUGGGGUAAGGAGGUGCUCAGUAUUCGACGCCUCGACACUCUGCACUUGCCCUACGAUCUGGCCAGAAGGAACAUCUACAAGACGACUCUGCUGCUCAAUGAGCGCAACUCGCACUUUGGCUGCGCGGCUCUGCGAUACUCACACGAGCUCUACCACCACUUCCUGCUCAGCUGCGCCUUUGCCACCGACAAUCUGGUCAACGAGCGCAUCUACCAGUGGAGCGCAAGGCCCGCUGCCCGUUGCCGCAGGCCCGAUCGCCUCUACAAGAGUCUGUGCGCUCCCGGAGAGAAUUAUAACAAUCAUAAAAUGGUCAAGGGACACAGAACGUUCCUGCGCUCGCUGCAAGAGGACUUCUAA